AAUCAUGUCAACUGAGCGUGAUGUAUAGCAAGAUUGAUUUUUGUUGCGAUUCCUAAAACCAGCUGUUCGCUGCAACGAUCAAAGACUGCAUUGCGCCUGCCUGAACUUUAUGCACUAGGAAAGCUACCUAACUUCCACCGAGCCCCGGAUAAAAUCUAGGCCAGUUUGCGCUGUGCUAUCAUCAUGUCGGUCGCCGAUGUUGAUGAAAGAGUUUUUGAAGAAUUACAGGCACUUGAGGCAAUAUUUUCUCCAGAUAUUAUAAUCAAAUGGGAGGAUGGUGUUCCAAAGGGUAUUGAAAUGAAUGUGCUGCCUUCGACGUGUGAUAAAAGUGAUGAGCAGUAUGUCCGUUUGACCUUAGAGAUUUAUCUAUCUCCUGACUAUCCUGAGAGUAGCCCCAAGGUCAUCAUGAGAAAUCCUCGAGGCCUGGAUGAUAGGAUCCUUUCAUGCAUUCAAACUGAUAUAGAAGACAAGUUAAUUGACAAUAUAGGACAUCUUAUUGUUUAUGAAUUGAUAGAGAUGGUACGGGAAUGCCUAACUCAAUGCAACCUACCACGAGGUCAAUGUGCAAUUUGUCUGCAUGGAUUUGUAAAAGGAGAUAUAUUUAUAAAGACUCCUUGUUUCCACUAUUUUCAUAGUCAAUGUUUGUCUAAGCAUUGUAUUGCUGGCAAGAAGUACUAUGAUGAGGAGUUUGAGAAAUUACCGAUGUGGCAACGGAUGGAAGCAAAGCCUCAUCAGCAAACCUGUCCAGUAUGUAGGUCCACAGUUCAAUUCAAUGUGGAUGAUCUGAAGAAAGCUCCGCCGCCAGUUGAAUCCAUUGAUGCCCAGCCUUUCCAUCUCACUGAUGAAAUUAAGGCUAUGCAAGAACGUAUGGCAGCGCUCAUGGCUCACCAGAUAGCUCGUGGGGGAGUCAUUGGAGUAGGAGAUUCUGAACCCCCACCGCUCAUCAUCACUGAUCCCACUGACCAGCAGCAGCCAAAAUCAUCGUCUAGUGGCACCCAAAACCCAAGACCUGAAACAUCAAGCAGUGUUCGUGGUAUGGGCAAUUCCGCUUCCGGUGCGCCUGCUUCGCCUACACGCCCGCCCUACCGUGGACCUUACAGGGGAUUCAAUCGUCGCGGUAAGCCAGGUAGGCGUGGUCGCGGCGGUUCGCGGUGACCCGCAUCGCCAACAGAACCGCCAGCCAUACCCUAGCGACCUCUCUCUCACACGCGCCCCAUCCCACUCGCAUACCCACAUCUACCCUCAAUAAUAAAUUGCAACUACCCUCCGUUAGGUAAAGUUUUAAACAUUCUGCAUCAAUUCAAAAUAAUACAGGUUGUCGAGGUUAAGAGCUUUAAAUGUGUUUUAAGGAAAUCAAUGCUCAAUUCGAUGACUUUUGAAGUCGGAUCGAAAAUCGAUUAUAAUGUGCUAAUAAUAAGUUCCUAUACAGGGUCCCUUGUGUUAACCGACUCGGUCGGGUUAUACAGACUGACGAUUUACCUUAUAUAACGUUUUCUACAUAAUAUGCAUGAGCUUUUGUGCGAACUAAGCUUAAUAUUAUUUGCUUUUUUAGGCCCGUAUUCUAGAACGUUAAUCGCACUUAAACAACAGCAGAUUCAAGACGAUCUUGUGAGGAGUAUGAAUUAGAAUAUGGACAUUCGAAUCAUUAGUUUAUGCUUGCUCUCGACAAUAUUGCAUUUCUUCGUUCAACUUCUUUAAAAAACUAAAUUGUUUUAUUGUUAUUUUAAUAAAUAUUAAUAAAAAAAAUUGUUUUGGUAAUAUUGGUCCUUAAAACACCCUAUUUGAAAUAAAAUUAAAUAGUAUACUGGCUCGUAAUUUUAUUUUUUGUUCUGUAAUUUUGUUGGAGAGCAAUCUUAAUUAUAAAUUAUAAUUUGUUUCACUAAAGGUACUAUUCCACCCAAUCCCAAAGCGCCAAUGUGUCGGUUAAUCUGAUGAAUUGAUAAUUACAAAUAUAAUCGGUUUUUGAUUCUACGCAGAAUGUUUGAAUCGUUGUCAAAAUAAUUUGAUCAAAUAGGGCAGAUGCGGUUCUACCCUCAAAACUAAUGUAAAAAGACCCGCAGUAUAAAAAUGUAUUUAAAAAAAUCUGUGAAAAAAACUGCGUGGUCUGAUAUUCAAAGAUGACUUAAAAAUAGAUUCCAGCAGCUAACAGAGUACUGCUUAGGAAAUGUGUUAAUUUUAGUUUAUUUAAAAUAAACUAAAAACAAAAAAACACAUACUCCAUACACUUGAAAACAAUCCAUACCUGUCUCUUUCAUUUGACGUGUGUUAAAGAGAGACAAAUUGCCCAUUUUGGAACUGUUUAGAAGUCAUCUCCGAGCUUAUGUCACGAUGGGGCGGCACAAAUAAUAUAUGUACUCGUAGUGUAAGGUACAUUUCUGUGACGAAUCCUAGUCAAAUAGAUUACAAUUUAAUGUAACGUAAGAUUUUUUAAGCGGCGGAUGCAUAGCUAUUGGAAAACCAGUUUCCAAGGGUUUUCUUACAUGUAGCAAGUUUUACAUGUAAAAGGUCAUAAGGGAGCGUUCAAGUAUCACGUAACGAAUUUUGGGGGGAGGGGGUCUUUUUGUAAAACGUUACGAUGCGGAACGGGGAUUGAAUUACGCGUUAUUUUUGACUUUCCAGUACUUUACAUCACAUAAUGGUAACUUUUAGGUAUUAAGAGUCACUAGGUCACGAAACGUUAUACUAUUCUUGGGUACAGUACUGUAGAAAAACGUUACGGCGCGUUACAUGGGGGGGGGCAAUAAUCUCCAAAAAUUGCGUGACGUAAUACUUGAACGCUCCCUAACCUAAUAAUAUUAGAAGUUGUAUUGUAAAAGUAAAGGCACGUUUUUACGGGUUCCCGGUCGGAAUAUAAAGAGUAUAUAAAGCGACACCCCCAUGGGCCGUUUUAAGUUAUACAUCUUCUGAAGCGUUGCAAUUCUCUGGCCACCACAGUCAUUCUAUGUAAGUAUGAAACAGCAUCACUACUAUAAUUUCUAUUGAGUCUAUAGAACUGUUUACGUGGCUGUCAAUUUGACGCAAUUGGUGAACUGUCAAAAUUCGUGACAUGACAUUUCAAAUGCUACUUAAAGUAAGUACGAAAUGCAUCCGUCAAUCAUUUGUGGAUCGAAAGAUAUAGAUGGGAUUUUGAUUGAUUUAAAAUGUUGCCUGUACCCAAAUUAAUAUUAAACUAAAAUAUACUUAUUCUCUUA